AUGUCCGACACGCACACCGUCUCCAGUUCUCCCUCGCGGAAGAUCCUCUUGAUCAACGGCCCCAACCUCAACCUCCUAGGAACCCGCGAGCCACACAUCUACGGCUCUACAACGCUUUUGCAGGUCGUCGAGCAGACCAUCCACCGAGGAAAAGAGCUGGGCAUCACAGUUGUCCCGUUCCAAUCGAACCACGAGGGCGCAAUUGUUGAUUUCUUGCAUUCGCAUUUCGUGCCUGUCCCAGCUCCAGUGCCAGUUCCAGCAACAUCAGCGAUGUCCGCAUCGACUACAACAACAGCAAAAACAACGACAUCUGACCCAGCUACCACUGCUCGCUUCAAACCAGAACCGGCUCUCAGUCCUCCCAAGACAGCCGUGAUCAUCAACCCGGCGGCAUACACCCACACCUCCGUCGCCAUCAGGGAUGCCUUGCUUGCCACAAGCUUCCCGUUCAUCGAGGUCCACAUCUCGAACGUUCACGCGCGCGAAGCCUGGCGGCAUCACAGUUACUUCAGCGACAAGGCCGUGGCGGUGAUUGUGGGGCUCGGUACGUUUGGAUAUCAAGCUGCGUUGGAGUUCUGGGCACAAAAAUGGGAAGAAGAAGAUGCUAGGGCAUCUUGA